UUGGAGCAGGUGAAGAAGCAUCUUUGCUCCUGCUGUUGCUGCGGUUCUUUCUCCAAACGUGGGUCUGAGUCAGGAAAGGCAAACCUCUAGAGCUCCAGGGAACUGUUGCUCAGAACCUAGGCACUUCAUACAUUUCAUGUCACCCAUUAUUCCGCUUUCACUGUGUAACUCACCUGCACAUUUGUGAUCCUUUGAAUCUUCCGCUCAAUGCCCAGAGCAGGGGUCGAAAGGGAAUUUCAAGUGUUUGAAAGAGGGCCUCCGUGGACCGCGGGGAGCUGUCUAUGGUGCUGAAGCGUUCCAGGCAUUUGUCUCCACCACUACACGGAGUUAGGCUGCACAUUUUCAUUCCCGGCUUUCUCAUUCCCCCAUACUUUGGAUAAGACUAAUUUCAGGAUCGUGAAUAUCUCUUCAUAUCAUGGCCCCCGUGAGACAGUUUCGGACACUAGUUUCGGGAUUUUAUUUCUGGGAAGCAGCACUAUUACUCAGUUUGGUUGCAACAAAGGAAACAGAUAGUGCAAGAUCUCGAAGUGCUCCAAUGUCACCUUCUGACUUUCUGGAUAAAUUAAUGGGGAGGACAUCUGGGUACGAUGCAAGAAUCAGACCCAAUUUUAAAGGCCCUCCAGUUAAUGUCACAUGCAACAUAUUCAUAAACAGCUUUGGCUCUAUCGCCGAGACAACCAUGGAUUACAGAGUGAACAUCUUUCUUCGUCAGAAGUGGAACGAUCCUCGUCUUGCCUACAGUGAAUAUCCUGAUGACUCUUUAGACCUAGACCCUUCCAUGUUGGACUCCAUUUGGAAACCUGAUUUGUUCUUUGCCAAUGAAAAGGGUGCCAACUUUCAUGAAGUUACUACAGACAACAAAUUGUUAAGAAUUUUCAAGAAUGGAAAUGUUCUUUACUCAAUAAGAUUGACAUUAACACUUUCCUGUCCAAUGGAUCUCAAGAACUUUCCAAUGGAUGUGCAAACAUGUAUAAUGCAACUGGAAAGUUUUGGAUAUACUAUGAAUGAUCUCAUUUUUGAAUGGCAAGAUGAGGCACCUGUACAAGUGGCAGAAGGACUUACUCUGCCCCAGUUUCUGUUAAAAGAAGAGAAAGAUUUACGAUACUGCACUAAACAUUACAACACAGGAAAGUUUACAUGUAUAGAAGUGCGAUUCCAUCUUGAACGGCAAAUGGGAUACUACCUGAUCCAGAUGUACAUUCCCAGUCUCCUGAUCGUUAUUCUAUCCUGGGUUUCAUUCUGGAUCAAUAUGGAUGCCGCUCCGGCCAGGGUAGCUUUGGGAAUAACUACUGUGCUGACUAUGACCACACAGAGUUCAGGAUCACGAGCUUCCUUACCAAAGGUUUCAUAUGUCAAAGCUAUUGACAUUUGGAUGGCAGUAUGCCUCCUUUUUGUGUUUUCAGCACUUUUGGAAUAUGCAGCUGUAAAUUUUGUAUCACGACAACACAAGGAACUUCUGCGAUUUCGACGCAAGAGAAAGAAUAAGGAUGAUGAAGUAAGGGAAAGUCGAUUCAGCUUCACAGCCUAUGGAAUGGGACCGUGUCUGCAAGCAAAAGACAGCGUGACCCCCAAGGGCCCUAACCAUCCUGUCCAGGUGAUGCCGAAAAGUCCUGAUGAAAUGAAAAAGGUCUUUAUCGACCGGGCUAAGAAAAUCGAUACUAUCUCCAGAGCCUGCUUCCCAUUAGCCUUUUUGAUUUUUAAUAUUUUCUACUGGGUUAUUUAUAAAAUUCUUAGACAUGAGGAUAUUCAUCAGCAAUAAGAUUAAGUCUCCAGAGACAUGCAAGUGCAAACAGUUAAUUCAAAAGGAAGUGUCUUUGCCAUAGGUAUGUGUGUCUGUGUGUGUGUGUGUGUGUGUAGUGUACAGUGAUGACCAUUGUAUUAAAAUGGCAUAGAGCAAGAUAUUAUUAUGAUUUGCUGUGCAAAGUCAUGAGGCAGAUUAAUAUUCUUUAAAUGGA